CAGCCUCGGCUGAAGACAGCGAGCCCGAGCCUGGCCUGAAGCAGGAGAUGCUGGAAGCCGAGGCCAUGGCCAUUGCCACGUCGGCCCAGCUGGCCCGGGCACUGUACGACAACACCGCCGAGUCUCCCCAGGAGCUGUCCUUCCGCCGAGGGGAUGUUCUACGGGUCCUGCAGAGGGAGGGCGCUGGCGGACUGGAUGGCUGGUGCCUCUGCUCCCUGCAUGGCCAGCAGGGCAUUGUGCCCGCCAACAGAGUGAAGCUCCUCCCUGUUGGCCCAGCGCCUAAACCCAGCCUCUCCCUGGCACCCCCCACCCAGCCUGGCUCACCAUACCCAGUCCUGGAGCGUGGCAAUGAGGAGCAAGAGGUGUAUGUGGUGCCACCACCAGCUCGGCCCUGUCCUGCCACAGGAUCUCUGUCUGGUUCCUGCCCACCCUCCUUUGAUCCCAUCUACAAGGUCCCUAGAGGCAAUGGAACCCAGCCUGGAGAUGCCCUGGAGGUCUAUGAUGUGCCCUCCACUGCCCUGCGGACUCCCUCCAGUGACCCCUACGACUCCCCAGCCUCUUUUUCCCGGCCUCUGGCUCAGGUUGCCCCUCAGCCUCCCGGAGAGGAUGAUGCUACCUACGAUGUGCCUCUGGCCCCAAAGCUGCCCACAGAGCUGGAGCCAGAUCUGGAGUGGGAAGGGGGCCGGGAACCAGGGCCACCCCUCUAUGCUGCCCCCUCCAACCUGAAGCGGGCAUCAGCCGUCCUCAACCUGUAUGAAGCACCCGAGGAACUUACAAAUGGAGAGGGCGGGGACACUGACGAGGGCAUCUAUGAUGUGCCCCUGUUGGGGCCCGAGGCACCCCCUUCUCCGGAGCCUCCAGGAGCCUCAGCCUCCAGUGACCUGGACACUCUGGCUGGGCUUCUGCCCAGAAGCCCCCCACCCCCACACAGGCCACGGCUGCCCUCCGCUGAAAGCCUAUCCCGUCGCCCUCUGCCUGCCCUGCCUGUCCCUGAGGCUCCCAGCCCUUCUCCGGCUCCCUCUCCUGCCCCAGGCCGCAAGGGCAGUAUCCAAGACCGGCCUCUACCCCCACCCCCACCGCACCUUCCUGGCUAUGGGGGCCUCAAGGUGGAGGGGAAUCCAGAGAACAGAGAGGCGGAGGACGACCCAGCAGGACCGCACAAUGAGUAUGAAGGCAUCCCAGUGGCCGAGGAGUACGACUACGUCCACCUGAAGGGCAUGGAUAAAGCUCAGGAAUCUAGACCCCUGGAUAAAGCCUUUCCAGAAGAUCCUGAACCACUGCAGACUGGGUUGCCGGAGCGUCAGGAAGCCCCUUCCCCAGGGGAGCCGCUGGUCCUGUCCACCAGAGACCAACAGCUCUUGCACUUCUAUGCAGGACAGUGCCAGAGCCACUACGCGGCGCUGCAGGCGGCUGUGGCGACCCUCACAUCCAGCACCCAGGCCAGCCAGCCCCCGCGCCUCUUCGUGCCCCACGGCAAGCGGGUGGUGGUGACUGCUCACCGCCUCGUGUUCGUUGGGGACACCCUGGGCCGGCUGGCAUCUUCUGCUCCUCUGCGAGCACAGGUGGGGGCUGCAGGCACGGCACUGGGCCAGGCCUUGCAGGCCACUGUGCUGGCUGUCAAGGGGGCAGCGCUGGGCUAUCCCUCUGGCCCUGCGGUUCAGGAGAUGGCGCGAUGCGUGGCAGAACUAUCAGGGCAGGCCCUGCAGUUCACCACCUUGCUCACCAGCCUGGCCCCCUGAGCGUGCAUUGGCACAGCCUUCCCUUCCUUCCCUGCCUGCCAGAGCCACUCUCAAUCCUUGGGUGGUCCAGGGCUCUGUUUUAGGAAGGGGAGGCCUGUCUCCCCUUCUCCGCCUUUCCGGUCAUCUCAGCCUCUCACAGGCGUCUUCUCCCCUUUCCCACUGCUUUUUGUACGAGCCAUUUUAUAUAAAUUAUUUAUAUUUAAUGUUAUUGCCUGCUUUGUUGGGGCAGGAAGGAACUGGACUUUCCUAUCCAGCCUCUGGUGGGGGUCACGGUGGUGCCUUCCACCUCUGAAAGUUUGGUGCACAGAGAAUCGAGGUUAUCCCGCUCCUUGGCUCCAGAACAUCAGCACCACACUGGUUAUAAUCGGGAGGACAGCGACCUGAGCAUUGCCCAGAAUGUGGAGGUCUGGGGACACCCGAGGGCUCCUUCCCUCAGAAGGUUGGAGAGCUGGGCCCUGGGCAUGGGCAUCCACCUCAAUAAAGCCCGAGUUCUCAU